AAGGAGAAAGAAAGGGUGGAGAGAGAAUACAAGAUCACAAUUCGAAUUGCUGAAAGAACAGACAUGUACCACCUUCACCAGUUUCUGCGUGGAAGACAGAGGGACAUGCCUCAGGAGACCAGACAAGUACUUGAUGUUGUCCUCAGGGAGUCUCCGUCUUGGAAUUAUGUUACAGUAUCCAGAUCCUUUUUCUCUACUACUUUUGGUCACAGAGGAGACAUCGGCGAGGGGCUUGAGUGUUGGAGAGGUUACUACCAGAGCCUACGCCCAACACAAAUGGGGCUUUCACUGAAUAUAGAUAUAUCUGCAACAUCAGUUUUUAAGCCUGUGACAGUGAUCAAAUUUGUGGAGGAGUUCCUCAGCAUACGUGAUACCUCUCGGCCUUUGUCAGACAGAGAUCGUGUGAAGAUAAAGAAAGCACUACGCAGAGUUUGCAUUGAAACAAAUCAUCAACAGGACCAGAUCAGAAGAUGCAAAAUAACUGGGGUUACUCCCAUGCCUAUGAGCCAGCUGAUGUUUGGCGUGUCAACUAAAGUAGAAGAACAUAUUCACAGGAACAUUGCCACUUUUUUGGUUAAAGUUGAGGGUACAUCCAUCUCUGUCCGACAAAACUUGAGCACCACAACAAUUAAAAUGUUGGUAGAACAUGCAUGUGACAAGAGAGGCAUCAGGAAUUACGACGGUUACCCUGUUUUUCUUGGAAAGGUCUUAGAUGAUACUAAGCUUCUCUCUGACUGCAAAGUCUGCAACAAUUGCAUAGUCGAAGUCAGGGGCAGGGGCAGGGCUGGCCGGGAAAGACGAAUCAAGUGCACAACUUUUGAUGAUGAAAUGAAAGAUAUUGAUCUGUUCAGUGUGGUUUCCCCUCUUUCUAAGACUUUAACAAACACUAAAACCCAAGAAAAGAGUGCAACAUUCUUAUCUGGGCAAGCUAAAUGGUAUGGUCGCCAAGUGUUUAUCUCCUUGUGCAGGAUGCACUUCAGAAAAAAGAGCUUGGAUGGAAAAUUUAAUGCAAGUCACAUCCUCUUUCAUGAUGGACGGGUUGUGUUUGAUGAGAGUUGCAUGGAGGUGGAUUUUACUGGACAUUCCUGCAAAAAUGACUACGGUGUGAUCGCAGAAAUAUUUAAAAAAUGGUUUUGUAUCCCUGAUGAAGCAGAGGAAGAAGGUCGAUACCCUCUCUUCGUUGCUGACUUGAUUGAUUAUUUAUUGGAUUGUCCACUGGGUGAGAAAUCAAAUAGCGCUGCUGCUAUUGCAUUCCUAGUUAACCAUCCUGCAUUGACUACUUUUAUGGAUCGGAUUGGGCAAUGCACCACGCUGGAUAGCAUGGUAGACAGGCUUACUGAAUUUCAGAAGUUUGAAUUUGAUGAAGCAGUUGGAAGCUAUAAUGAUUGGAGUGAAAGAGUUGAAGAUGUUCCUGCAAUGUAUGAUACUCUAGUGUAUGAUCCUUUUAGGAGGGUUGAUGCACCAGAAGAGACUCUUUAUACUGAGAACCUAAGGAGUUGCUUGAAAUUUGCUAGAAACCACUUCAGGCAUGCAAGACCUGAUCUUUCGUUGGAGAGAGUUGAAGCCUCAUUUUCUUUGAAUUUGGUGGACUUUCUACCUAUGAUACUACAAGCAAUUGUCAAGAGUUUUGAAGGACCCCCUGCAUUUGACAUGGUGACAUUGCUUGGCGAUCAUGUUGCAGACAGAAAGUGCAAGAGAGAUGUAGACGCGGAGAAUCCUGCAAAAGUGAUUGCGUCUCCUUCUAAGAAGCCGAAAAUAAGCUUUUCGUUAAAGGGAAAAUGAGUACGUUGGAGGUUCUACUUCAUCGAUCUGGUUGUAGAAUUAUGGUGUGCAAGCAAGUGUAAAGUGGCAUGCUUUCUUUGUGUCACGAAUAAUAGGUAUUUGAACAAUGUGGCAGAUGAAGUUGUGUGCUGCUGGGAGCGGCUGGGACUGAACAAAAGAGGUGCAGUUAGAUUUUGGGCCUGCGAUAUUGUAGUUUACCCU